AUGCGCUACCUCCUCACUCUUUCCCUGGUCGUCCUGGCCGUGCUGAUCCUCCAGAGCAGCGAGGUCUCAGCCCAAUCGACCACCACUACGACCAGUGCCUCGGCCACAACCACCACCACCGCCGCCGCCACCACAACCACGGAUGCCACCACCACCACAACAGAUUCCUCCUCCACCACCAGCACGGAGGGCACCACCAAAGGGAAGAAGCACCGCCGCCGUCGUCGUCGUGUCAUCAUCCGAAGACGCGUGAUCAUCCGGGAAGGAGCCAACGGAGGUGUUCGCCGGCGAGUUGUCGUUCGAGUUCGCAGGACAGCCAACUAA